AUGUCCAAGGUGGUGUACAAAGUUUCCUCCACUGCCAAGGUAGAGCAGAUGGAAGCAGAGUUGUCUGCCCAGCUGUCAGCUCUCAAAACUGAGAUAGAGGAGAAUGGAUCUCCCCUGGAAACACCCUCCAAGUCUUAUAGGUACAGAUGGACACAUGGAUAUGAGGGAGGUCUGUGAGCAAAAUAAAGUUGCCCAGUUAAAAUGCCAGGUGAUUGUGAUAUUGUGAUAUACUUGCUGUCUUUUUUGUAAUUUGUAAUUUUUUGUAAUUGUAUUAUAUUAUUUUUGGAUCUUAUUAUAGCUCAGUUCCAGUUCCUAAAGAUGUAUCAUACUUUCGUAUGGAGAGAGAGCAGGUCCUGAGGAGAGGUCUUCAGGUGGCAGAAGCACUGCCAGUGAUGUCUCCGUCUGAUGUGCUACAGAGAGAGCUGGAAAGCUGUCUAUGUCUGGAGUACACACCUGAGAGUCUGCCUCUUCUCCUGCACCAGGUAAGCUGGGCUGAUGAUAAUGUCAGCUGCCCAGACAAAUUGAGGCUGUUCUGAGGGCAAAAGGGGGUGCAACUCAAUAUAAGGAAGUUAUAUUCCUAAUGUUUUGUACACUCAGUGUAUUUAUGGUAGUUUUAUGCAGACCGAUGCUACCAGUUGGCCCAGAUCAAGUACCUGCUGAUGCUGAGAUGGAGAAGGUUCUGUCGUCACUCCCACAUCAUUGAGCAGCUGUAUCCCUUCUACAAGGUAACCUGGCACUUUGAUAUUUAAUAUAUAACAUUCGUUUAUUAUGAGUACUAGAGGACAAUCGAUCAAUCAAUCAGUUAAUCAAUCAAUACAUCCUUUUUACAUCAACAGUUGUCACCAAUUGAUUUCUGUGGUGUUCCACCAGGAAAGCUCAAUUAAGCAUUAAAGUAUUUAAAAGAAAACAAAUACUAUUUGAACCCAGGUCGGGUGUGUUCUUUUCACCAUGCUGUUCCACCAGGCCCAGGUAUCCCACCUGGUCAGUGAGUAUGAGGAUGCUGUCCAGCGGGCCAGGAGACUGGCUGUUUCCAGGGAGAAAGUCCUGACAGGGCGGGGCAACCCCAUCAACACGGUCACCCAGGAAGAUGUGACCAUCUACCUCACCUGGCUGGUCUGUCACCUGCAUGCCUCCAAGACCAUCCACCACUUCCUGAGAGUAAGGCAAUCAGAGAGACUAUGGGCGACGUUUUGAUAGUGCAAAAGCAGUGUGUUAAUUGCAAAAUUGACCAUAAACCUCAUUGUAAUUUGGCACUGUGAAUUAAUUUUAACAAUGUGCAUUAUAAGGAGGAGACUAAGCAAUAUAUAAAUAGUCGUCUCUUUGUUGAAACGCGCAUUGUUGAAAAAAAGUAUACAAUUAAAUCACGUUGCCAGAUUACAAUUAGGUUUAUGGUACACAUUUCACUUAACACAUUGCUUUUGCACUACAGAAAUGUUGCCCUAUGAGUAUGUCCCAAAUUGAACCUUCUUCCCUAUAUAGUGCACUACUUUUGACCAGGGCUCAUAGGACUGGUCAAAAGUAGUGCACCAUAUAGGGAAAAGGGCACCAUUUAGGGUGCAUCCUAUGGCUGCAUCACAAUGGUCUAAAGUGGCUUCCUCUCCUCCUCUCCUCGUCUCCUCUCCUUCAUCUCCACGUAGCUGAAAUCAAAGGCUAGUUUAGAGAGGAAGUCACUUUAGACUACUGAGAUGCACCCCAAAGCUUGGAUGACUUUUGGGAUGGGUGGAUGAAUACCUUGUAAUAGAUUUUUUUAGAGAUUACAGGUUUUUACCUCACACGAUAUGAUGGGUUACAGGUGAUCCACUACAUCCCAGCCUCUGAGAAGAGGGAUAAAGAUUCUUCUGAGUUAUUAAGGAAGUUCCCAUCAAGUUCCCCAGUGCUGGUUGAAUCUGUCCACACAUCUUCAGAAGAUAAAGACCAAGUCUUGGCUGGGCUUGAGGGUAACAUUGACUGCUACCUUAUUGAACCUCUACAUUGA